GAGGAAUAUAAAUAUAGGUAGAUACUAGAGAAUCAAUAAAAGUAGUCAUAUACAUACACAAUCUUCUCAAAAUCGACUUCAUAUCUCAAGAUUUAAAACAAUGGCAGCUCCGCCACCUGGUAUAUAUGUACCUGUGCCGACCUUCUUCGCCAGCAGGAAGGCGGCUAACUACGACCCCGUCGCAUCGCCCGUCGACAUUGAUACCCAAAUCGCACACUCACUGUACCUAGCGCGAGCUGGUAUCAAGGGAUUGGUGAUCCUAGGGAGUACAGGCGAAGCCGUCCACCUAACAAAUGCAGAACGGUCCCAAGUAUUGUCCGGUGUCCGACAGGCUUUCGAACGCGAGGGUUUUACGGAUUACCCCAUUAUCGCAGGUACCGCGACGCAGAAUGUGGAAGAGACGAUUGAGCAACUGCGGGGUGCUAAGGAGGCGGGUGCGCAGUAUGGAUUAUGCCUUGUGCCUGGUUACUUCGCGGGUGCCAGCACGCAGGAGGGCGUAGUGGCCUGGUUUAACGCCGUGGCUGAUCGUAGCCCGAUACCUGUCAUGAUAUACCACUACCCUAGCGUUUCCAACAAUGUCAAAGUCGUCCCCUCGACUUUUGUUACCCUUUCUAAACAUCCAAAUAUUGUGGGAUGCAAGCUUUCGCAUGGCGAUGUAUCUUACCAUGCGCAAAUCGCAUCGAAUCCUUCAAUUGAUCACUCCCAUUUCGCCACUUUCACCGGUUUAGGUCAACAAUUACUCCCCGUGGUGUCUGUGGGCGCUGCUGGGGCUAUUGAUGGAUGCGCGGGGUUCUUCCCUAAGACUGUUGUGAAGUUGUACGAAUUAUCUAUCAAGAACCAACCUACGGAUGAGGAAAUACGAGUGCGGCGGCUAUUGCAAUUCAAAGUUAGUGGUAUGGAAGAGAUAGUAGUCAGAUUUAGCACUGUGGGCAUUAAAGAAGCAAUUAGUCGUCUACGUGGUCUAGGCGAUAGAGAUGGUACGAGAUUGCCACUUCUGGGAGGAAUACCGGGAGGCGACUCGGAGUGGGAGAAAUGGAAGGAGUAUGUGGAUGCUAUGGAGGAAGUGGAAAAGAGUCUGUGAUAUCAAUGUUCAUUUGUCCGGAGUAAAUGGAAUAGGUAAUGACGAGGCCAUUGAAGUGAAAUAGCUAUCCUAAUAUGGAUUUGUAUGGAUGGGUAGAUAUGGUAUGUUUAUAUGCAGGAAGUUGAUGAGACUCAAACGACGGCGAUAGGGGCAGUUUGUCUAUAACUUGCAGAAUUCAAGGAUAAUCGAAUGAUAAAAUACUCAGAGCCCGA